AUGAUGGACCCUCGCCCCUACCAUGUCCUCAGUUACGGCACACUUCUGGGUUCACAGUUCUAUCAGUCCUUUGUUGGUGGUAUUGUGGCUUUCCGUGCACUGCCGCGUCCUCAAUUUGCCAGCCUCCAAACCGCCAUCUUUCCCAUUUAUUUCUCCCUACAGACUGCUCUGCCCGUGGUAGUUGCUCUGACUGCUAGCAGAGGGGGACAGACUCUCGGUCUGUCUGGUCUGACUUCGUCCGAAAACCGUCUCAGCACCCUACUGCCUAUGGCUACCGUGGCCCUAACAGGCUUGAUCAACCUUUUCGUGCUUCGCCCGCUGACGGUGAAGGUUAUGCGUGAGCGAAAGCAUCAAGAAACCCGGGAUGGAAAGAAGAGCUACGAUGCUCCGCCCCAUUCAAAGGAGAUGGUGGCUCUGAACAAGCGUUUUGGCCGAGUUCACGGUAUUUCAAGCUUGGUCAAUAUGCUCAGUCUUAUUGCUACUGUAUACUAUGGCGCUGUCAUGAGCAAGAGACUGGAGUAA